AAAAUUUUAAUCCUAAUGUUGCUUUGUUUACACGUGUGAUUGUGAUUGAAGUGCUGUAAAAAGUGUGAUAAUAAAAGUGUUUUGCAAGGCAAGGUAUUCAGAGCGCAAAUCUGUGCUGGUGUAAAACGGAACGGCAAACAUAACCAGCUACCGAUUCGAAUAACCAUAAGCAUCAAGAGAUGGCUCAACCCGUGCUCGCGGCAUGUGGUCUCCAGGGCGUGGACGCCCUCCCGCCGCUCACUCUGCUCAAGCAGCACUCCGGCGUGGAUGGAAGCUUCCUGAUCGCUUCCAUUCUCGGUCACCGACUCAAAUCGUCCCGGGAUAACCACGUGCUGCUCGUCGCCACCCAGCACACCUACCACCACUACAGCAGUGCCUGUAUGAAGUUGAGCUUCAACUUGGGCCCCGGGCGGGAUUCCGGCCAACUGCAGGUUCUGGAUGUCGCCGCCGAGCUCUAUCGCAGCUAUCCGCUCAGCUGCAGUCCCAGCCUGGAUGACGUAACCAACCGAAUCCGGGCGUUUCUGGAAGCGCAUCCGAAGGCGACGAUCCUGAUGGAUGAUUUGACUUACUUUCUGAACUUUGGUUACUCGGAAGCGGAGUUGAUUGAUUUUGUGGAGCAGUUGGUGACCCCCUCGGCGUCGUUUGUGGUAAAAGUCAAUACGGCCGAGCUGUAUGGGACGCUCUGUGCCAAUUUGGAUGAUUUGGCGCGCACGGAGAUUCGACUGGAACGGUUGGCUUCCGGGCAGUUUAGGGAAGUGGAUGGACGGUUGAGCGUAAGCCGUUUCCAGGCGGGAGAGAGUGCGGAGCAGGCGCUGAUGGAAGUUAAGAAGGUGGAGAAAUCGGUCCUGUACAAGGUAAAUGAGAGGAACAUCAAGGUGUUCGUUCCGGGGGAGGUGGGUAUUAAGAAUGUGUAGGGUGGGGUUUGGAUUAUUAAAAUCAGAAUGGACAAUAA